AUGGAGGAGUCGGAUGAGGACGGGGAGGACAACGAGGAGUUCCUGGAGCGGCUGAUGGUGCAGACGGGCCGGGAGGUGCCGCAGCGGGAGCUGGAGGAGCACUACGCCGUGCUGGAGGAGCUGGGCAGCGGGACGUAUGGCCGUGUGGUGCUGACGGAGCCCCGGGAUGGUGGCUCGCCGGUAGUCCUUAAGCUGAUGCUGAAGGAGCAUUUCCUGCGGGAGUACUGCAUCGCCCUGUGCCUCUCCAGCCAUGCCGCCUGCCUGCGCGCCCUGCCCAUCGCCUUCGAGAGCGCCACGCACUUCGCCUUUGGGCAGGAGCUCGCUCCCGCCGGGGACCUCUGUGCCCUCCUCAGCCCGGGGGAGGGCCUGGCAGAGGAGCUGGUGAAGCGCUGCGCAUCCCAGCUGGCCGAGGCGCUGGACUUCAUGCACAGCCGUGCCCUGGUGCACAGGGAUGUCAAGCUGGACAACGUGCUGCUCUUUGACCACGAGUGCCGGCGGGUGAAGCUGGGUGACUUCGGGCUCACCCGCGUGCAGGGCUCAGCAGUGGGUGCCAUGUCCGGCACCCUGCCCUAUGCCCCGCCAGAGCUCUGCCUGCUCCAGGGCUCCGACACGCUGGAGCUGGACUCCAGCCUGGACGUCUGGGCCUUUGCCGUCCUGCUCUUCUGCCUCUGCACUGGCUGCUUCCCCUGGGCCGUGGCCACCAGCUCCGACCCCCAGUUCGAGGACUUCAGCGCCUGGCAGGGCAGCGCGGCAGGGCAGGCGGUGCCGGUGUCCUGGCGGGGCUUCAGCUCUGGGGCGCUGGAGAUGCUCCGGCGCCUGCUGACACUGGACCCUGACCGCCGGAGCCCGGCCAUCGAGGUGCAGAAAUACCUGUCCCUGCCCUGGGUGAUGGCUCCCGGUGCUGGGCAGUCAGCACUGAGCAGCUCCCGAUCCCCCCUUACCACUGGCGAGGGGGAGAGCCCGGGGGGCACUGGGGGACGGGAUGCUGCUGGUGGGGGAGAUGGGGUUCCCAUGCCGCCCAUGAACACACUGGCCCCGUGCUGGUAG